AUGAAUCCGCCGCCAUUAGUGAUUCAGCAAUCGCUUCCACGUGUCAUACCAACAUUCGACGGCAGAUAUGAGCACUGGGAGAAGUUUAAAAUAAUGUUCCGAGAUGUAGUGGAUCGAAGCAAUGAGCCUCCUCGCAUCAAGCUGUAUCAUCUAGAGAAGGCUCUAGUGGGAGAAGCUGCCAAAUUGAUUGACGCCAGGACGCUAAACGAAGGAAACUACGACAGAGCCUGGCAACUGCUAGAGGAGAGAUACGAGAACAAGCGGCGAUUGAUCGAUUUGCAUAUUCGCGGGUUGUUAAGCAUGCAAAAAAUAGUGAAAGAAAAUUACAAUGAGCUGCAAAAAUUAGUUGAAACUUUCAGCAACCAUGUAGAGAAUUUAAAGUUCCUUGGACAAGAUUUUACUGGUGUUUCAGAGCAAAUUGCUGUUUAUCUGUUAGCACAAUCCAUUGAUGACGAGACGAAGAAACUUUGGGAGGCGACCAUACGGCGAGAUGAACUACCAAAUUUUGACUUAACAGUCCAAUUUUUAAAAGAUCGAGUGUCAAUUUUGGAAAGAUGUCAGCCAACCGAAGAAAUUAAAUUCAAGCAGCAGCGCAUUUAUUCGAACCCGUCCUCGGAAGAACCUUCGAUUCAGCGUUUCAACUCAGCGAAUUCUCCUGCAGUGCAACAAAGUCAAUGUGAUUUCUGCAGUAACAUCCAUCCAUCUUACAAGUGUCUGGAAUUCAACAGUUCUACAUUGAGUCAACGUCUGCUGAAGGUUAAGGAAAGGAACUGCUGUUUUAACUGCCUACGUCGAGGCCAUCGAGUAAUAGAGUGUCCAUCGAAAAGAACGUGCAUCAAAUGUCAACGGAAACAUCACACCUUGCUUCAUAGCGACGGAACUGUACCGAAGAGCAAUGUUGAUAAGAGACAACAUUCCCAAACCAGUGUCGCAGUGGAACCGACAACAACCUUUGAAGAGAAUGCUGCAUGCCAGUCCACAGUAACAUCAGCUCUGUCCAAUACACGGUCAAACCCAGUCAGCCAAGUGGUGUUAUACACUGCUUUAGUCAAAGUUUUAGAUCGAGAUCAGCAAAUACAUCAAUGCCGUGCCCUGUUGGAUUGUGGCUCACAGGUGAGUUUCAUUUCGCAAUCACUCCAAAAUAGUUUAAAUCUUAACAUAGAAGAAGUGAAUGUUCCCAUAGCUGGAAUCGGUAAUGUUAGGUCGCUUGUGAAGCAGAAGUGUUCUGUUCAAAUUCGAUCACAUUGCACUAAUUUUGAGUUCAAUUUGGAUUGUCUUAUCACGCCAAAGGUUACCGGCAACAUCCCGGCUAUUCAUUUCACGACUGUGAAUUGGAACAUACCCACAGGAAUUCAAUUAGCAGAUCCCUACUCAGAUCCCUAA